ACUGACAGCAUGGCAGGAGACAGCGAGAGCAAGUUGGACAAUCAAGCCGAAAAUGAGCAUGUUGUCAGGCAACCUUUCAUCAUCGGGGUAGCCGGCGGCACUGCCAGCGGAAAGUCAUCAGUAUGUGGGAAGAUUAUGGAGCUCCUUGGCCAGAAUAAGAUUGACCAUCAUCAGAGGCAGGUGGCCAUCCUCAGUCAGGACAGUUUCUACAGGGUACUGACCUCUGAACAGAAGGCCAAGGCUCUCAAGGGACAAUUUAACUUUGACCACCCAGAUGCAUUUGAUAACGAAUUGAUAGUCAAAACCCUUUGUGACAUCAUGGAGGGAAAAACUGUCCAAAUUCCAGUCUACGACUUUGUUACCCAUUCAAGGAAAGAGGAGACUGUCGCAGUGUAUCCAGCAGAUGUGGUUUUAUUUGAAGGCAUCCUCAUGUUUUACUCGCAAGAAAUCAGAGAUCUGUUUCAGAUGAAGCUGUUUGUUGAUACAGAUGCAGAUACACGUCUGUCACGCAGAGUCCUGAGAGACAUCAGUGAGAGAGGUCGUGACCUAGAGCAAGUGCUGAGCCAAUACAUAACAUUUGUUAAGCCUGCCUUUGAGGAGUUCUGUCUGCCAACAAAGAAGUAUGCUGAUGUGAUAAUUCCAAGGGGAGCUGAUAACCUGGUUGCCAUAAAUUUGAUAGUGCAGCACAUUCAGGAUAUUCUGAAUGGGGGCUUGACCAAACGCUUGAACGGCUACCUCAAUGGCCACAACACACCUCGUAAACGGCAUCCCUCAGAGUCAAGCAGCAGGCCACAUUGACCAGCCCUCUCCCAGGAUGUUAGGAAAUACAAGAGAGAGGGAAUGUUCAUAGGGGGGAUGCAAACGGAGUGGAGUGGAGGAAGGAAAGAAGGAUUUCUUGUGCAUUCUAUUAAUAGGUCAACACUGUAUUUAAGACUAAACAAAUCAAGAUUUUCAAAGACCACCUUUUUAUUUCUUACUGCUUUUGGUUUUAAUUUUGUUUUUUGACUGGCUACACUUGAUGUUUUAAGGUUUGGAAAGAAAAUAUAACUUCUAGUUUUGGCAUGGUUAAAGGUCAAAAUUGAGUUUCUUUCACUAUUUAUUUGUUUAUUUUUGUUUUAUGCUUUGUACCUCUGAAAAUGUUUGUUUAAUAAAUGGGGGGAUGCAAACUGAAUAUUACAUGAAAUUACAUAAAUGCAACGACAUGAAAUGGUAUUGAAGAUUGAAUUUUUUUAAAUUAGUAUUUUACCUCAUUAACUCAAAUUUGUUUUGAUCAGAAAUAACUAAAUUUGCAAAUGACUAUUUUUGCAUCAUCAGAGGCCAAAGAUAAUGGAUGUUUUGAAAUUAUUUUAUUUAUGUUUUAGUUCAAAGUUUAGUUGGUUUAUUAUAAGGUGUUCUGGCAUUAUUUACAUGAUGUCCCUCUAAAAUCAUUAUAUCUUACAGAUAAAAAUAACUUGCCUACAUUUCACUAUAUUCAGGUAGUGUUGCUGGAUCACAACAGGCCUCUCAGGGUGCUAUUAUUACAACACAACAAUAACUCAUAAUUUCAGCCAAGUUGAUACAGUGAACAUCACUGAUUUGAAAAAUUGAUGGAAUUUACCAUUAAAUCUUACAAUAAAUUAAGCCCUCAUUAAGCAUGGGUGUGUAAUGUUAAACCAAACCAUGUGGUUGAUUGUGCAGAUUUGCAUUCAAGUGUUAGCGUAAAUGGUAAGCUAUUUGUCAAAAGAAUUAUGUUCAUGUACUAUGCACUGUUCCCUUGACUCUAAUAAUGCAAUUUGAUAACUCUGUUCAUGGCGCUAUUUAACUGGACUUUGUGAGAGGCAUUUAGCUAAAUAUUUGGGUUUUUUACUUAAAAAUAAUUCUUUAUUCUAUUUGUUCACUUUGUAUGUCUCUUUCAUGUAAUUUUAUUUUGUUUAUAACAGAUCUGUGACUAGUAUUUCAUCAGUGUUGUGACAUCCUAGAUGUCUAGACUACCCAUAAAGUAUACACCAUGAUGCCACUUUGGUCAGUCUUUGGCAAAACUACCAAAGAGUUAAUUUAGUGUUCUUGAACGUAUAUUUUCACACUUUUUUAAGUUGUCUGGUAUAUACACACUGCUUAUUACCUCUGUUGCUGCAGAGAGGCCAGUUCGUGGCACUCUGCGGAAAUCAAUUCAGGGACUUGGGAUGUGAAACACCCACCUGUUGACCCAGAAUUUUGAACGAAACAAUCCAACUUUAAAAUCUGACCCUGAUUGUAAAUGAAUCUGUGUCUUUUCCUUUUGCUCUUUGAUUUGAAAUCUUCAAACAGACUUCCACUUAUUACUGGGUUAAUAAUGACUGUUCUUAUUCAAUUUAAUUUAUUUUUACUGCAUUUUCUUAUCUGGCUGACUUUUGUUUUACUUCAGCAUUGCUGCUAUGAUACAGGGUUACUCAUUUACCAUCCAAUGUAAAGAAUUCUAAAUGAUCAAUUAUUGAAUGAUGUAAAUUAAUAUUUAUUUGACUGAAUAAUUUCAUGUUUCACUUUGACAUGAGAAUAAUUUGUUAAAAAUUAAUCAUCAGAUUAUUUAAUCAGCGUAAUAAUCAUCCUUUUUCUGGUUAAAAUGCAAAAAUCUAAUUUUGUGACCGAUUUGAUGGGCAAAGGAAUUUGCCCAUCAAAGGAAUCUCUUUGUUUGUUUGGCCAAAAUUUUAUAAAUUAUUGCAAAUAUUGUGUUAAAGUCUGGUCCAUGCUCACAUUUUAGUUUUUUAUAUUAAAUGUUGUAUUCAAUCAACUUUGUCAAGAAUAGAUUUGAAAUUACCAACCAAUGUUCCUAAAGUCUGAUUCUAAUACAACAGAUUUUGUGCCCUUAUAAUAUUUGUAUGUUGAAAUGACUCUUUCCUUUAUUUUUGUGUCAAAUUCCUUUUGCAAUGUUACAUGGCUUAGCUAAAUAUGUGUAGAUAUUACAUUUCUAAACGACACUUGUUUGGAAAGACCUACACCUCUCAUGCACUAUUGCAAAUGGUUUGGAUAUAUUAGCACAGAUUUAAACACCAGCUUUUGACCACACAGCCCAGUCACAGGACUACAAUCAUGAAUUUAUAACUGUGAUCAUCUCUUAACAGUUUCCACACCCAAUGUGUUAUCCUACUUGACUUAAAAUGAUGCAAAUAAUCUAGUAAAUUAUUUUUACUGAAAUGUGUAGAGUUCCAAAGAUUAAAAUUGUUGCAACUGUCAUUGUAUAGUGUGCAAUCAAUUAGUUGGUUCCUACACUACUUUCUGUAAUAAUAGUCAAUUCUGCUUUUACCAGAAUAUACGGAAACCUUUAUGUGUUUAUGUUGAGAUCAGACAGAAAUCUGAGACUGAAACGGAUGUCUGAAAACAAAGGGGGGGAUGUCAAAAGUAUGGGGUUCUGCAUGAUGGACUUGUGUUUGUUUAAACAUGUUUCUUAAAUUAUUUAUGCCUUUGAGUUUUGGUGCUUGCAAAGGGGUUGCAAUAUGUUCAGAAAGUCUAAAUCAUACUGAAAAACAACUCUUUGCAGAAAAGAUUGCAUGUUUGAAUGAUUUUGUUUGACCAAACAAAGCUACUGUUACAAGGCUUUAAAACAACAUUUUAGUGAUAUUGCAAUGAGUAUAAAUAACGCUUUAUUUUAAAACAUUUAACUCUUGAAGCUGGAGAAAUAGAUGGGCUUUUUUGUUCCUUUUAAUGCAUCUCUGUGUGGUUAAAUAAAUUCAUAGCUGUAUCAUCCUGUAAAUGUGUAAACAAUUGCAGAUAAAAAUUGUAUAACAGAGUGAUUGACAGUGGAGCUGACUAAAAUAAAAGUUUUUG